GACCCACAGUCUUCCGUUGCUGGUCCUGUAGAUUCGACACUUUGAACGGAUCGCGCUCCGGAACGUGACCGGUCCUGCUUCUUCCGUUUCCCCCUCCACACCACCAGCCACCCCUCCGCUCUCCCCUCUGCAACAGCUGCGAACGUCAACAAACAACAAAGGCGUCCCGCCGGCGGCUGCUGUGCUGCUCUGCUGCCCGCAUUAUUUUAUUUCGUUGAUCGGAUCGGUCGGGAUGGAUAUGCCUGUAGAGUGAAACUUUAGCGCUCGCGCUGUCCUCCCACCGCGCCGCGUGGCUCCUUGUAACCAUGAAAAUAACCGUGAGUCAAAACCUCGACGGGAAGGUUAAAGUACCGUCAUCCAAAAAGCUUAGCUCAGUGCCCGAUGAAGAUGUGGAUCAAUGGGGAUCCCGCUUUCUCAUGCGAUCAGAAGAGGAUCUUUCCUUCCCUCACCACCCUCAACACUCCAAGUGGAGUUCUCGAGGGUGGUGUAAACCUGCUUACAUUCCCAUCUCCAUUAUUCUCAUUAUGAUCAUACUGGUGGUUCUUUUGCCUCUUUUAGAACAAUCAGAAAAUUGGAAUGAAAAAUUAAAGCUAGAUGGAUUGUCAUGUCAAAAUUCUUGCAGGAUAUCAUUGGUGGAAAGUAUUCCUGAGGGGUUGACUUAUCCACCAGAAGCCCCAAAGUUCCCCUCCACUUACGAUACAUGGAAUCAACUGAUAAAUAUAUCUCAAAGCUCGAUUGAAAUUGCAGCAUUGUACUGGAGUCUUCAAGGAGCUGACGUCUACCCACACCCAUCUGCUUAUCAAGGUGAAGACAUAUUCAAGAACCUUUUAGAAGCAUCAGCAGAACGGAACAUCAAAUUGAGAAUUGCUCAGAAUUCUCCCUCCCGGGAUAUGCCCAGCCCUGAUACUGAAGAACUUGUGAAGAAAGGUCUUGCAGAGGUUAGAAGCUUGAAUUUUGCUCGUUUGCUAGGAGGAGGUGUCUUGCACACUAAAUUUUGGAUUGUAGACCGCAAGCAUGUCUAUCUUGGAAGUGCAAAUAUGGACUGGCGCUCUCUGACUCAGGUGAAAGAAUUGGGGGCUGUCAUUUAUGACUGUCCAUGUAUGGCAAAUGACUUGUUAAAAAUAUUUAAUGUUUACUGGGACCUUGGCACAGAGGAGGCUGUGAUUCCUCCUAGAUGGCCGCAGACAUAUAGCACUGAAUUCAAUAUGGUCAAGCCAAUGAAUUUAACUUUGAAUGGAGUUCGAGCCAACACUUUCCUUUCUAGUUCCCCCCCACCCUUCUGUCCAGGAGGGCGGUCAGGGGAUGGAGACACUAUAGUUGACAUAAUUUCAAAAUCUGAAAAGUUUGUCUACAUAUCAGUCAUGGACUACAUCCCUAUGAUGAUCUACACACCAAGGCCAAAGUAUUGGCCCAUUUUUAACAAUGCACUGCUAGCUGCAGCAUUAAAUAAUACAGUAAAUGUUCGAAUUCUAAUGUCAUCUUGGAACCACACCAGAAGGGCAGAGAUUCAAUUUCUGAAGUCACUGGAAGAAGUUUCUGGCUCUUACAAGAAUGUCAACAUUGAAGUUAAGCUGUUCAGAGUUCCCGCAACUCCUGACCAGCAAAAAAUACCCUUUGCACGGGUAAACCAUAACAAGUAUAUGGUAACUGAUAAUGCUGCAUACAUUGGCACUUCAAAUUGGUCUGGGGAUUAUUUUGUUGACACUGCUGGGGUAGGAUUAGUUGUGAAACCUUCCAUUUCUAAUCGUAAGAAAAAUCCUCUUCCUAUUCGUGACCAGUUGCAAUCUAUUUUUGAAAGGGACUGGAACUCACCAUAUGCUAGUCGUCUUUCAGAUUUGUCACAUAACGAUAUAUCAUCUAUGUUCUUGGAUCAGACUACUAAUUUGAACUAUUUUUAAUCAUUUCCCACUAAUUUGUAUAUUUUUCAAGGCCUCAUUUUUUGGCAAAUUAGUUAGGACAAUGUAUCAUCAGUAUAUGCACAUAAUUCUCUUUCAUAUUAUUCAAGUGGAUGGUGGUUUAUAUUUUUGCUGGAACUUUCAAGUAAGGAGAGCUAAUGAAAAAAUAGUUACAGUAACUUUAUUUUGACUAAGAUUUUAAAAAUUAUGACUAUAUUAGUCUCAUGUCUUCUCUCUUUAAAUGAAUUUGUAGAUAGGAAUAAAAUGAAUUAAAUGACCAACCUCAA